UCACUUAUAUACAGGGUGGACCAUUUUAACCUUUAAUGGAGAAUAAAUCGACCGGCGCUAUUGAUGGUUCCCACAUUAGAAUAGAUAAGCCAACAGAAGAUCCUGAAUCAUAUAUUAAUCGGAAGCAAUGUUUUUCUUUACAUAUUCAGGGAACAGUUAACCAUCAUAUGAAAUUUAUGGAUGUAUUUAUUGGAUAUCCUGGUUCGGUGCACGAUGCAAGAGUAUUUAAAAAUUCACCAAUACGCAAUGAUUUGCAUGAACUCUGUGGAAAUAAUUAUCACCUGUUGGGAGAUAGUGCGUAUCCUUGUCUAAAACAGUUGAUUGUGCCUUAUAGGGACAAUGGACAUUUAACACGUGCGCAAAAGACAUUUAACCAAAAAUUAAGUUCUUGUAGAGUCAUAAUUGAAAAUGCAUUUGGAUGUCUCAAGCAACGAUUUCGGCAAUUGUACCAUUUUAAACUGCGAGAUAUACCACGAAUGACAUGUGUGAUACACGCAUGUUGCGUGCUUCAUAAUAUAGCAAAUGCAAACGAUUUAGAAAUUUUCGAAGCACCUAUAGAUGACGAGCAACCUGACAUUGAAGCACAAAGACUACAUACCGAGAUAGAUAUAGCACCAAGAGAGAUUGAAACUGGAGUACACAUUCGUGACGAAAUAUGCCACCAAUUAUUUGUAAACUAAAGAGUUUAUAAUUUUAUACAAAAUAAAUUU